AUGUCGAACUCGACUUUGCUGCUUAAUGCAGCACGGGGAUGUGGAGAGCAACAUUUUGGACCUGCUAGCUGUGAUGGCAGCUUUGACUUCACCUUAUUAUUUGAGCAAACACUUUUGUCCAUUGUUCCCUCGUCUAUGUUUCUAUGCUGUUUCCCUAUAAGCUUGUAUAAACUGUACAAACUGGCUCCAAAAUUUGAAGCAUCGACAUUUCGUGCUUUCAAACUGAUCCUGACCAGUCUCCUCACUAUCACACAGUUGGCAUUAUUGAUAUCAUGGACGACUCAAGCUCACAUUCAAACCACCGCAACAAUUCCAGCUCUAUGCCUUGGACUCAUCGUUUCUUCCGCCAUGUUCUUCUUGUCAGCGCUGACACAUACUCGUUCAAUGAGGCCGUCUUCACUCACGAGCGUCUACUUGCUAUUCUCAGCUAUCUUUGAUGUGGCGCAAGUUCGAACAAUCUUUCUUCACCGAAUUAGCACAGUUCUAUCAAGCUUGAUGUGUCUGGCGAUUGCUUUGAAACUCGCUCUAUUGAUAAGCGAGUCCUGGAAUAAACGAUCAUGGUUACCUUCGGAGUACAAAGCACUUUCUCCGGAAGCUACUAGCGGCAUUGUGAGUAGAGGUCUUCUAUGGUGGCUCAACCCGUUCUUUUUGGUCGGGUUCCGGACACUCUUUGCCCAAGAAGAUAUCUAUGCUAUUGAUCCGGAAAUGAGGUCUCAGGGAAUUGGACGGAAACUGGAAGAGUUGUUCCGUCAAGGGCUCGGUGCUUCGACGCCCAGUAUACUUAACGAUGAUGCGAACUCCUCUGCACCUCGACCAUCUCUAUGGACUUUGCCCAAAGCUUGUUUCCGCUGUUUCUGGGUGGACAUCGCGGCCAUGAUACCCACAAGACUUGCUUUGGUGGGGUUCACCUAUGCCCAGACUUUCUUGUUUACUCGUGCCGUCAACUAUCUUAGCCAUCAAGAGCGUCUCGAGAACAAUACUGGCUACGGGCUUAUCGCUGCCACUUUCAUCAUAUACGUUGGAAUAGCUGUAUCCACCGCUCUCUAUCAGCAGCAGAUAACUCGUAUCAUGACUAAGUUGAGGGGUGCUCUGAUAACCAUGAUCUAUAGUCGUAUGCUUGUGAUCUCGGACGGCGCCAAGAAAGAUGGUGCUGCAUUGACUCUGAUAUCAACUGAUAUUGAUACUAUCACGAGAGUUCUUGGCGAACUCAAUGAGUCAUGGGCCAGAAUCAUUGAGGUUGCAGUAGGCAUAGGGCUUUUGUAUCGACAAGUUGGUGCUGUGUGUAUCGUUCCGGUGAUUCUCACCCUUGUUGCUACGCAGGCACAAACAUGGGUAUCGAAAAGAAUAGGCUCGAGGAGGAAAGACUGGAAUGCAGCAACUCAGAAACGCGUCAACACUACUGCCGCUGUACUUGGCUCCAUUCAAUCGGUCAAGAUGUCGGGUCUUAUGACUGCAGCCUCAGGACUGCUACACUCGCUAAGAAUCAGAGAGCUUCGAAUGCUUGCUUCGUUGUCGCACUUCAUCAUUGGUUUGAAUGCAAUCGCUGUGGUACCGUCUGUUUGGGCGCCUGUGGCGACUUUUGUCGUCUAUGCAAUUAAGGCACGUAUCGAUGGCUCAGUCGGUCUAGGCAUCUCACAGGCUUUCACAUCGAUAGCCCUGUUGAAUCUUGUUACAACGCCUACAGCAAAGCUACUCGCGAUUAUGCCGCUGUGGGCACAGUGUCUGGGAUGUUUUGAAAGGCUGCAGCAGUAUUUUGAGCUUCCACUUUACCAAGACCCCCGCUCUCUCGCAACAACCAGCGACAUCUUUGAACCUAAUUCGAACACAGAAGGAAACAACGAGUCAGGUAUCGAGAUGACAUCGCUACAAGCACGCGGGACCCAAGCUACACCUCUCAUCAUCUGUUCGAACAUGGAUGUAUCCUUGUCAACCGAUGGUCCCAUCAUACUGACUGACGUCAACCUCGGGAUCAAACCAGGCUCGGUCACCGCUAUCAUAGGUCCGACUGGGUCCGGCAAAACUAUCCUGCUAAAAACACUUCUUGGCGAGGCUCUCAUUUUGAGAGGGAAAAUAACCGUUCCAACGAAGAGUAUUUCUUACUGUAGUCAAACACCUUGGAUGGUCAAUACAACCAUCAGAGGAUAUAUUGCUGGCCUAAACCUCGGUACAAUGGCGGUAGACGAGCUCUGGUAUAAUACUGUUGUUCAUGCUUGCGAUCUUACCAGAGAUAUCGCAAGUCUGUCGGACAGGGACAACACCCAACUCGGGAGUAAGGGUGUCUCAUUAUCAGGAGGACAGAAGGCCAGGCUAGCACUUGCUCGAGCUGUGUAUGCUCGCAAAGAGCUAAUACUCCUGGACGACGUUUUCAGUGCGCUCGACGUCAACACUGUAGAGGUCAUCAUUCGCCGUCUCCUAGGUCAAAAUGGACUACUACCAAGACUCAGGUCGACGGUAAUUAUUGUAACUCAUUCGCACAAGGUCAUACGCAUGGCCGAACAAGUCAUCGUACUGUCUAAGGAUGGCCGCAUCGCAAAUCAAGGACGCCCAAAUCUCUCGCUCGAAUGUGAGUUGCAAUCAUCCGCAGCGGACGGAUCUUUCGAACGCGCCAAUACCGACGCUGUGCAGGUGGCCAAGAUUCAAGCACCGAAAGGCCCGUCCACAGAGGACAAAGAGGACUUAGCAAGAAAAACUGGAGAAUGGAGGAUAUACAAGUUCUACUUCCGUAAUUUCCAAAAGAAGUAUCUGGCCAUGUUCAUUGCUUGCUCUAUGGGCGCAGCUUUCAGCUCACGAUUUUCUCAAGUCUGGCUGAAAUGGUGGACCACCGACGACGGCUCGAAUAUUGGGUUCUACUUGGCUAUCUACGCCUUCCUCGCCCUGGCACAAACCUGUUUCAGCAACUUGAACAUGUGGGUUGUCUUUCUGAAGAUGAUACCGGACUCUGCAAUUAGCAUGCAUCAAACUCUUCUUGCCACCGUUGCAGGAGCAGCUUCAUCUGUCUUUUACCAGACCGAGAGCGGUGCAAUCCUCAACAGGUUUGUCCAAGACAUGUACUUGGUUGUGGGAACAUUACCUACCUCACUCAUUGCAAGCGGAAACACACUAUGUGAGACAAUCGCAUCCUUGGCAAUGAUCUCAACUGGUGCCAGCUAUAUGGGAAUCACCAUUCCUUUCGUGAUACUUGUGAUAUACCUGAUACAAAAGGUGUAUCUCCAGACCUCUCGUCAACUGCGCCUACUCGAGAUCGAAGCUCGCGGCCCAAUCUACUCCCAUUUUCUUGAGACAAUUGAAGGUGUGGUCUCGAUUCGAGCCUUCGCGUGGGAAGAGGAGGCAAAGGAAACUCAUAACAGACUUUUGGAUAUUGCACAGUCACCUUACUACUUACUUUCGUGCAUUAAACGUUGGCUGAAGUUGGUCUUGGAUCUCAUCGUGGCGGCUCUUGCGGUUCUGGUCGUUGCUCUGGCUGUUUCUCAAAGAGGUACGACAUCUGCAGGUCUGCUUGGCGUGGCCUUGACCAACAUCCUCGGGUUCAGUCAAUCGCUUACACGUCUUGUCACCGAAUGGACGACUCUUGAAACCUCCCUAGGCGCCAUCGCACGAAUUCGAUCUUUCGCAACAACCACUGAACAGGAAAGCUCGACUGUAACUCACGAGGCUACGCAGGAUCUUGUGACCCGAGGCGCAGUGGUAUUCUCUGGCGCAUUCGCAAAGUACACCAGUGAUCUGGGUGCGUACGACCUGAACAAUGUCUCUUUCAAGAUUGCUCCAGGUACAAAGGUGGCAAUCUGUGGCCGUACUGGUAGCGGAAAGUCAAGUCUGAUGCUUGCUUUAUUCCGUCUUCUCCCGCUCCGCCACGGCAAUAUCUUUGUUGACGGCACUGAUAUCAAAGACGUCAACCCGGGCGUGCUUCGCCGCAGCAUCAUCGCCAUCCCACAAAAUCCAUUUCUUCUACCUGGCACAGUACGAGAAAAUCUUGACCCGGAGAAUGAGCUGAGUGACGCACACUUGCUCGCUGCAAUCGACAAGGUGCAUCUACUGGAACUAAUCAUUAGUCGUGGCGGCCUCGAUACAGAUAUCGACCAGCAAAGUCUUAGUCAAGGUCAGGCACAAUUGCUCUGUUUGGCGAGGACUGUUCUGCGGAAGAGCAGAUUAGUCGUUCUCGAUGAAGCGACCAGCAGCCUAGAUGCCGAGACUGACGCCGUCAUCCGUGAGGUCUUGAACACCAGCUUCAAAGACUGUACUAUUAUCUCUGUUGCGCACAGGGUAACAACUAUUCUGGAGUCGAAGAUGGUCAUUAUGAUGGAUGCAGGAAGCGUCGCUGCUAUCGGUACACCUGGCGAGCUCAGAGCUUCCAAUACGCACUUCAGGGAGCUCUGUGGACUUGUUUGA